CAGCCUUUGUAGCUGCUUCAAGCACCGCCGAGGAGCAGCAGCCAAAGGGAUUCGACCUGUCGGUCUUCCCCGUCCGGCCGUCCCACACACCUCUCGUAAUGUCCAGUACCACCUUCUCGCCGCCGCCGCCGUCCGCCGGGGACCAUCCCCGCGUUCUCCUACGAGGUUUCCUCUCCCGCGAGACAUGCAAGGAGCUGGAGUUCGUGCACCGGAGCUGCGGCGCCGCGGGGUACCGCCCCUCGGUGGUGUCGACGUCUCUGCCUCACCUGGCGGCCACCGGCUGCGGCCACCUCCUGCUCCCGUUCGUACCCGUCCGCGAGCGCCUCCGCGAAGCCGUGGAGUCCUUCUUCGACUGCCACUUCGAUCUCUUCAUCGAGUUUACCGGGCUUAUCAGCUGGUGCAAGGGAGCUUCUAUUGGAUGGCACAGUGAUGACAAUAAGCCUUAUCUUAGGCAAAGAGCAUUCACAGCAGUGUGCUACUUGAACAAUCAUGGAGAGGACUAUAAGGGUGGAAUUCUGCAGUUUCAGGAUGGUGAUCCUUCCUCUAUUGUUCCAGUUGCUGGUGAUGUUGUCAUAUACACGGCUGAUAAUCGUAAUGUCCAUUGUGUAAAUGAGGUAACUGAAGGGGAAAGGCUCACCCUGACUCUUUGGUUCACUAGAGACCGUGCUUAUGAUGAGGAUCCUAAACUUCUUAAUUUUCUCUCUCGGACAUCAUUGAGCUGUGAACCAACUGAGCAAAAUUCUUAUAUUCCUGUGCCAGCUUCUGAUAACAUGUAUUGGUUUUCCUAUGAUCAGUCUGGUUUUGACAUACGAUGUGCUAGAGUGCAUGUUCGUGGGUUUAGUUUUUACUCAAGCAGUGGCAAAUCCAAUAUAUCUGUGUUACCAGCUGAAGAAGACCCAAUAGAGUUGCUUGGAAAGGAACUGCGGCUCGGGAGGGGAGAUGAUGUCUUUGAGAAAAUAUUUUCUAACAGCUUGCAUGCUCUUCUGGUGGUGCAAUUCUACUGCUGGAAAAAACAUGAGCUGGCAACAAGGAUGGAACAAAGUGUUGUUGGUUCAGGAACAGUCUGCUGCCCAAUUAUACAUCAUUCAAAAGGAACAGAACUACCAUUACCAUGCAACCACGCACUUGCACAAACUAUAUUUGGCUCAUAUAAUACUGAGGAGAUUUUCCAGUGGAAUGAUUUUGCAUUAGCUGUUGCUAUGUGGGAAAAAUAUUCAGAAGAGUUAAAGAAACAGCUGUUGACAUUUUUGCCAUACUGGCUGUCCAAUGAAACCAUUUAUGUUGUUGAUACCUCUGAGCUCCAGUUUCCAUUGGUUGGACCUGUUGCACGUCAGCGCAUACACAUUACAUCUCGUAGUCGCUCCAUGUUUCUUAGGUUAGGUAAACCACACACCACAUUAAAUCCUUGCAUUUUUUUUAAUUUUCUGAAGCCACUUACCACAAUGUCUCAUUCAAAUUUUAUACAGAGAGCUGAACCAAUCUAACUCAAUGGUGAUUUGGACUGCCUCAUUCUUUUGCGACAUAGCUGGGGCGUAGAUAUGUUUCUCUCAAGCUCCACUGGGAAUACUGGUACAAUAUAUUCCCAUCAACAUCGUAAAAGGUGAAUUCAGCUUGGUCCUGGUAUAGCUGGAGGGACAUGAACCCUUGCCCAUCAUAAAAGAACUUGAGCUUGUCUUCAUUUGGCUGGAAGAAUCCUCUCCAUGCUCUGGAACCGCCUCCGCUUGUGAAGUAUUGAAUUGGACUGCAACAACAGAGCAUGUAAGUUAUAAGAUCAUGUGAAUAUAUCGUUUGGCUGAAAAGCCAAGACUGAAAGUAUUGUUUGCUGAUUUGUUGCGAGAGAAAAACAAUGCUGAAUGGAUGACAGAUUUGGUAGAUAAGCUCAAGCGAAAAGGCUGCCAGCCAUGUAUAAACGGAUGUUAACCUGUCUCUGCUGCUUAUGUGUUCCAGGCAGUGGUCAUGCCCAUUGAUGUAGAAAUCGAGGCCAUUAUUCUGGAAUGAUGUAAAAUUAUUAUCAAAAGAUUAUUUGUAUUUUGGAGGCUAAUAUUGUGGCUACUUCUGAGUAACCUCAAGGAUUGGAAGAAGCAGUUGCAGAAGCUCCUCGGUGUUACCAUGGUGACUGACACUCCUCAUGGUAUGAUGGCCAAUGGCAAUCUUCCACUUUCCAGUUGAUUUCUUCAGCGCCUUAUCCAAAUCCUAGAUGAAUAUAAUUCGUGAAAGAGGAAUACAUUAAUUUUGCUAUAUGACAUAUUAGCACUGUC